CCCAAAGUCAUAACAAUCGGCUACUGAACAAAAAGUCAUGCUUGCUGCUGCUGCUGCGUCCACGCGUCGCUCCCUGUCGACCUCUGCCUCUGCGUUGUCCGCUGCGACUGGCGCAAAGCCUGCCGUUGGGUUUAUUGGACUCGGCAACAUGGGCAAGCACAUGGCGCGCAACCUGCUUCGUGCUGGGUACCCUGUGAUUGUCAACGACGUGAACGAGGCGCCCGUGCGUGAUCUCGCGAGCGAGGGUGCGCGCCCAGCAGCCACCCCGCGCGCAGUCGCAGAGCAGGCCAGGAACAUUGUCACCAUGCUGCCGUCCAACCCCCACGUCAAGGGCGUCUACUACAACGCAGGUGGCAUCUUCGAGGCGCUCCAGAAGGACUCGCUCCUGAUCGACGCGUCCACCAUCGAUCCGUCCAUCUCACGCGCGAUCGCAAAGGACGUCGUUGCAAAGAACCUGGCAAGCGCCUUCAUUGAUGCCCCAGUCUCCGGUGGCGUCGGUGGCGCUGAGAAGGGCACCCUCACCUUUAUGGUCGGCGGCGAGAAGUCCGCCUUCGACCGCGCGCAGCCCUUGUUGCAGGCGAUGGGCAAGAACAUUGUGUACUGCGGUGCUGCAGGCAACGGCCAGGUCGCAAAGCUGUGCAACAACCUCCUGCUCGCCAUUUCCAUGGCUGGCACCAGCGAGGUCAUGAAUCUCGGCGUUACCAUGGGCCUCGAUCCCAAGCUGCUUGCAGGCAUCAUCAACACGAGCUCGGGUCGCUGCUGGUCCAGCGAAGUGUACAACCCGUUCCCGGGCGUCAUCGAAGGCGUCCCGUCCAGCCGCGAUUACAACGGCGGCUUUGGAUCAAAGCUCAUGCUCAAGGACGUCAACCUCGCCCUCGACGCUGCCAAGGGCGCCAACGCCCCGACCCCAAUGGGCUCCCGCGCCAAGGAAAUCUACGACACCGUCACUGCUGACGCCCAGCUCAGCGAGAAGGACUUUUCCGUUGUGCUUCGUUAUCUCCAGCAGCUCACCCGCCGUUCGUAAACCAAGAUAAAGCGGGGUGGUUGUUGAGGGGCAGCACACCAGCCACCACCAAGCGAGCCGAUUUCGUGAAGGGUGAUGUUGUUUUGGUUUGUGUGUGUGGAUGUGCCGUUCUGCUAGAUAUGCAGUUGGGUUGAUUAAACUUUACAAUCAUCACA